ACAACGCACCAGGACAAGAUUUUUCCUUGAUCGACUACCAUUUUUUUUUUUUUUUUGUCGUUUUCAAGGGUGAAUUGGAUCCUCAAGUUCUCAUUUCUCAGCCCUUUCCUUCUUGAAAAGAGAACUUGUAUUCUCCACCCCUUUCAUAUCCUCUCCAGAUCUAAGAAAUUUUCCAGAGCAGAAGAAUUUUGCCCCGAAUACAGCGGAGAAAAGGGUAAAGGGUUUUGGUAAACCAGAGCAUUAAUCACGCAAUUUGUGAAGAGGAAAGAGGAAUGAGAAUUCUCCACCUUUUCAUGUCACUGAAGCAAUAUGCUUUUUGGUUUUUGUGCUGCUCUUGGAAGCAUUUUCUUGGGAUGCUUUUAGUCUUUGAUUAACCUAAAUAGGGUUCUACACUGUUUGAUGUGUUGUUCUAAAGGCAAUAGUUGUCUACCACAACGAGUUUGAAGCAUCACUACAAAAAUUAAGGGAGCUAAGGCUUACUUUUCUCAAGAGGAGCCUGACAUUCGAAAAAGCAAUACGAGAGAGAACUUGAGAGUGUGCAAAAGGUGUUAAAAAUGGCGUUGAAGUUUCUGAACAAGAAGGGAUGGCACACGGGGAGCUUGAGGAACAUAGAGAAUGUGUGGAAGGCUGAGCAGAAGCAUGAUGCUGAGCAGAAGAAAUUAGAAGAGCUGCGCAAGCAGAUUCAGGAAGAACGUGAGCGCUCUGAGUUUCGCCUUCUCCAGGAACAAGCCGGUCUCGUUCCGAAGCAGGAGAGAUUGGAUUUUCUUUAUGAUUCUGGACUGGCUGUUGGAAAGGGCAGUAGUUCUGGUGGAGGAUCUGGAGUAGCAUUCAAGACACUUGAAGAAGCUGUUCCCAACAACAGCAAGGCCACGGAUACAUCAUCUUCUACUGCCAAGCAGUCCUCUGCCCCAGGAGCCUUAUUUGAGGACAAGCCUCACUCUGCCAAUGAUGCUUGGAGGAAACUCCAUUCUGAUCCUUUGCUUUUGAUUCGCCAGCGGGAGCAAGAAGCCCUUGCCCGUAUCAAGAACAAUCCUAUUCAAAUGGCCCUCAUUCGCAAAUCAGUUGAAGCAAACAAAGAGGAGAAGGCUCUCCAUAAAAAGGAACACCGAAAGAAGAACAGUCACAGUAAUGCAAAACAUCUCAAGCAUUCAUCAUCCAAAGAGCAAUCAGAUUCAGACGAUGCUCAUGACAGAAGUGAAAAGAGGAGAAAGACUGGCAAGCAUAAACGCACUAAGCAUGAUGACCAUUAUUAUAAAGCACAAGUGGUUUUGGAUGACAAAUUAGGUGAAAGAGAAAGUCAAAGAAUAAAGAACAGCUACAAGGCUUCCAACUACAGAAAGCAAUCUCCCAGUGGCUUCUCAAGCUCAAAAAUUGCGCAAAGUGAUGGUCAAGAUGCUGUCAACAAGAAUCAUGACAAGUUGAAUGGUGAGCAGCAUUCCUUCAAAGAUCAGACAGAACCUGAUGUUGAUAGAAAGGAAAGGGAACCCAGAAGUUUUAACUAUAGAAAUGAAAGGGAAACCAGAAGAUUUAGUGAACCAAGAUCUUAUGAUUCAUCUAUGUCAAUCCGCCAUGAUUCACGUCAUAAGCGCCACGGUGUUGCUCCUAAACUUUCAGAAGAAGAACGAGCUGCCAAGUUAAGGGAGAUGCAAGUGGAUGCUGAGUUGCAUGAGGAGCAAAGGUGGAAGCGCUUGAGGAAGGCUGAAGAGGAUGAUAAAAGGGAAGCUACCCGUGCUAGCAUAUCUGGUGGCAGCAACUUCCUGGAUGCAGCUCAGAGAAGUGUGUAUGGCACUGAGAAGGGGGGAAGUUCCACCAUAGAGGAGAGUGUCCGUCGUCGAACAUAUUAUUUGCAAGGAAGGUCUGAAGCUGGUGAUGGCAAUUCUUUUCGGCGAUAAUGCUCUUGUAUCUUAUUUAUGUUUUUUUCCUGUUGUAACAUUUCCAGGUGAGUUCUCGCGGCCUUCUGCAUAUUACUUUAUCUCAUAAUAUUGACAUGGUAUCUUAUUUGA